UUUGCACACCAACAGCGUGGUUGUACAGAGGCUACGCCUUUGAAUGUCCUUCAUCAUGUACACAGCUGUGUGUUGACGGAUUGCUGUAAUCUCCAUCAGUUCACUUUCUAAGCAAGCGGAUGGUGGUGCCGCAAAAUGAUGAACUUUGACGACGUGUUGAGACAACUGGGGGAGUUUGGCCCGUACCAGAAAUGUCUGUACUUACUUCUGUGUCUUCCAGCAAUAGCGGGAUCUCUCCAGAUUAUACAGGCAGUUGUGUUUCUGUUUGCAGUUCCUGAACAUAGGUGCGCUAUUCCAGGAUUUGCCAAUGACACCUACGAAAUUCAGAAUGACUUUCACGAAGAACUCAUAAAUCGUUCCAUUCCAAUGACAUCCGGUUACUAUGGCGAAGAAAAGUAUUCCCGCUGCCAACUGUAUGUACAAACCAAUACCUCCAAGAUUUGGUCGUCUACAAGAAGUGUCUCAGAACCCUGUCAUGCUUGGGUGUACGAUCAAUCACAGUUCAUAUCAACGAUUUCAGAGACGAUGGAUUUUGUCUGCGAGAAAAAGUCCGAUGCGAGUCAUGCCAAGAUGCUUGGUAUGUUUGGACAUUUGGUUGGCGCUCUGAUUAAUGGUCCAUUGUCAGACAUGUUUGGAAGAAGGCCAGUUAUAAUCUGCAACAUGUUCAUCAUGGUAUUGCUCAGCAUCUGUCUGGUGUGGUCCAAUUCAGCCCCUGUGGUCCUCUUCCUUGAUUUCGCCAUCAACGCCUGCUGCCUUGGCCAAUAUCUCGUGUGCUUCGUAUUUGGCAUGGAGAUAGUCGGUCCCUCUAAGCGUAUGUGGGCAGGUGUUGCUAUGAACCUCUUCUGGAGUGCGGGAAACAUGAUCACAGCUCUAACGGCCUAUCUCAUCAGGGACUGGAAGACUCGACAGCUGAUUGUCAGUGUCCCUGCGGUUGUCUUUGCUUAUCUGUAUUUUCUGCCAGAGUCCCCAAGGUGGCUUCUCAAACAUGGAAAGAAGAAAGAAGCUAAAAGGAACGUAGCAAAUAUUGCGAAGAAGAACAAGGUGGAAAUAGAUCCAGGUAUUCUUGAUGAGGUCGAUACUGAAAAGGCAAAGGUAAAGCAAGAACCAUUCUGGAAAUUAUUGAAAUCUUCAGUGAUGAGGCGUCGAAUGGUGAUCAUCUGCUACAGCUGGUUUGCAGUUGGAAUGGGUUUCUAUGGUCUCAGCAUGAACGUCACUAAUCUCUCUGGAAGUAUCUACCUCAACUUCUUCUUGUUCGUCAUCGCAGAGGCUGUUGCAUACAUUUUUUGUUUUUUCCUCAUGGAUCGUAUUGGCCGCAAGUUGCUCCUGUCUUUAUCUCUGUCGCUGACAGGAGUAGCUUGCAUUCUUCCUUUGAUUCCAGUCCUAGUGUCAGAUCCACCUGAGAAAUGGGCCAUCAACAUCCUCGCCAUUAUAGGAAACACGUGUGCCGCUGCUGCCAUGUGUGCCGUCUACACUUUCACAGCUGAAUUAAUGCCAACCACAUCAAGGACAUUUGGCAUGUCAAUAAGUUCCAAUUGCUGUAGAGUUGGAAGUCUUCUUUCUCCCUAUAUUGUUGACUUGACGAUGUACAUAUCAGGACGUUUCGGACAGAUUCUUCCCAUGCUGGUAUUUGGCGGUAUCACCAUUUUGGCGGGCCUCCUCGGUCUGCUUCUCCCGGAAACGCUGAACAAGAAGUUACCGGAAACCACCAAGGAAGCUGAGAUGCUCGGGACGAACGCGUACGACGCUGGAGAUGCAUCCGCUGUUGAGCGGAUUCCACUUGAAUCUCAGGCGGAGGAGAAUGUUUUCGAAGCUGAAAAUAAGAACGACACGAGAGAAAACGAUGCAGUUUCGAGGGAUGAUCUGCGUGUGUGAACAAACUACAUACACGUAUCUGGAACAAUUCACAUUAUUACCAACACGUCUCAUUGUGAAUGCCGUUAUCUUUGUAUUGGACACAUCAGAUACAAAAAAUCAAAUGUUACCAUAUUUGUUACAUAGUUUUCAUAUGUACAAGCGAUAAUUAUGAAUAAUAGUUUUUCUAUUUAGCACAUAAUAUAUUGUCCAUCGGUGUUUCUAAAGAGAAACUAGUAUAUGUAGAUUUUUUCAAUGUUUCCCGUAUUGGAGCAAAUGACAAUAAUAAUACUUUAUUACCUUCAAGGUAACAUGUACACAUUAAAGUGCAAGCACAUUGUAUGCAUGAAAUGACA